AUGGAAAGAGCAGCUGUUUUAAUUGGUCUGGACGGGGACUUAGUUAUUGGUGGUGUUUUCUCCCUCCAUACAUACACACACACAGUUUACAAUGACUACACCAUCAUACCUGAGCCUGUGAAAUGCAAAGGAAGGAUUAAUGAUCUGCAAUCAUUACGUGCAAUGAUCUUUGCCAUAGAAGAGAUUAACAACAGCACAGAGCUGCUGCCCGGAAUCAGGCUCGGGUAUCAGAUCUACGACUCAUGUGCAUCAGUGGCUGUGGCAGUGCAUGUGGCAUUUCAGUUUCUAAAUAGCUUCGACCCUGUGUUUUCCAUUGGUAACAUUUGCUCACAAUCUGGUAUGGUGAUGGCUGUUGUUGGGGACUCUGGGUCUAUGACAUCCAUCAGUUUGUCACGAGUCAUCAGUUCUUUUAACAUUCCCCAGGUGAGCCACUUUGCCACAUGUGCAUGCUUGUCUGACAAGCAGCAGUACCCAACUUUCUUCAGAACAGUCCCCAGUGACCAGUUUCAAGCUGAAGCACUAGCCAAGCUAGUGAAACACUUUGGCUGGACUUGGAUAGGUGCUGUUCGGUCGGAUUCAGAUUAUGGAAAUAAGGGCAUGGCUUCUUUUCUCCAAGCAGCACAGAAAGAGGGGAUCUGUGUGGAAUACUCUGUAUCUUUCUAUCGGACAGACCCACAGAGCAGAAUUCAGAGAGUAGCAGAUGUUAUCCGCAGGUCUACAGCUAUGGUUGUUGUGGCAUUUGCAGCUUUAGGAGACAUGAAGAUCCUGUUGGAGGAGCUAUCACGUGAGCCUUCCCCACUACGCCAGUGGAUAGGCAGUGAGUCAUGGAUAACAUACUCAGAAUUAAAGAGAUUCCAUGUAUGUGCUGGGGCAAUUGGAUUUGCGAUUCCGAAGUCGGUAAUUCCAGGUCUCCGAGACUUCUUGUUGAAUCUGUCUCCCUCUGAAGUGGCAGCUUCUCAAAUACUUACUGAGUUUUGGGAAGGUUCGUUCAACUGCACACUGAAAAACAGUAAGGAAUAUACUGCUGCAGACAAGAAAAUAUGUGAUGGAAAAGAAGACAUAAACAGUCUCCAUAAUCAGUAUACUGACACAUCUGAGCUCAGAAUUACUAACAUGGUGUACAAAGCUGUGUAUGCAAUAGCACAUGCCAUUCAUAAUGCAAUGUGUCGAGGAACAAAUGUCACAGCUAAGUGUGACACAUUAACCAAGCUGCAGUCCAAACAGAUUUUAACUGAACUGAAAAAAGUUAAUUUUUCCCAAAAUGGAUAUGAUGUGUCAUUUAAUGCUAAUGGGGAUCCUGUGGCUAUUUAUGACUUGGUAAACUGGCAGAAAAGUGAAAGUGGCAUCAUUGAUAUUAUAACUGUAGGGCUGUAUGAUGCAUCACUACCAGUGGGCCACGAACUUUGGAUUAACAGAAACAUAAACUGGAUGGAGGAUAGCAGAAAAGUGCCAGUUUCAGUGUGCACUAACAGUUGUCCUCCAGGAACUCGUAAAGUACUGCAGAAAGGAAAACCCAUCUGCUGCUAUGACUGUAUAGCGUGUCCUGUGGGAGAGAUUAGUAAUACAACAGAUUCGACCGAUUGUUUAACCUGCCACAAAGAGUUCUGGCCUAAUCCAAAGAGAGACACUUGUAUCCCUAAACCUAUAGAGUUUCUUUCUUUUCAAGACAUCCUAGGAAUCACCUUGGCUACAUUCUCAGUCAUUGGUGCUUGUCUGGCCAUUAUCACUGCAGUUGUAUUCUUUUAUCACAGGACAUCUCCAAUUGUCCGAGCCAACAACUCUGAGCUGAGCUUCCUGCUGCUCAUCUCACUGACUCUGUGUUUUUUAUGUUCAUUAACUUUCAUUGGAGCACCAUCUGAGUGGUCCUGCAUGCUGCGUCACACUGCGUUUGGCAUCACCUUUGUGCUCUGUAUUUCCUGUGUACUUGGGAAAACUAUAGUGGUUUUAAUGGCUUUUAAAGCAACACUUCCAGGUAGCAAUGUCAUGAAAUGGUUUGGUCCUCCACAGCAAAGAAUGACUGUUGUGUCUUUUACCUUUAUUCAAGUUUUAAUAUGUUCUUUUUGGUUAGUAUUCAGCCCUCCCUUUCCAAUAAAAAACCUAACCACAUACAAGGAGAAAAUCAUCCUGGAAUGUGCAUUAGGCUCUGCUGUUGGCUUCUGGGCUGUGCUCGGGUACAUAGGGCUACUUGCUUUGUUUUGCUUUGUUUUAGCUGCCUUAGCCCGCAAAUUACCUGAUAAUUUCAAUGAAGCCAAGCUUAUCACUUUUAGCAUGCUGAUAUUCUGUGCAGUGUGGAUCACCUUUAUCCCAGCAUAUGUUAGUUCACCUGGGAAAUUUGCUGUAGUUGUAGAAAUUUUUGCCAUUCUGGCCUCUAGCUUUGGACUAAUAAUGUGUAUAUUUGCUCCAAAAUGUUUUAUCAUAUUGUUUAAGCCUGAGAAAAACAGCAAGAAAUUUUUAAUGAACAAAAAUUAA